CACCCAAAAAAAUGCCAGCAGAGCCACAAAAAUCCACAGAAGCCGGCAGCGUGGCACCGGAGAAGAAGCUGAAAGCGUGCUGCGCGUGUCCUGAAACGAAACGAGUCCGUGACGCUUGCAUCAUCGAAAACGGCGAGGAGAAGUGCGGAAAACUGAUCGAAGCCCAUAAAGCCUGCAUGCGAGCCGCCGGAUUUAAUAUUUAACUGAAAUUUUUAAUUUUUUUGCAUUUUUGAAUGUUUUGUUAUAGCUGUAGCUAGUUUUCUUGUUUUUUUUCUUCAAAUUUUCAUAUUUCAUAGCUUUAACAUGAAUUUUUCUGUUUUU